AUGACUUCUCCCGCGCCAGAUGUGCACCGAUCGAUACAAAGAUCCAAUGGAACACAAAACGUGGCGAAAAAAAAUGCACGAACAAUAUGUAAAACAAAAAAACGACUGCAAGAACAAAAUAUAACUCAUGUGAGUGAGAGCGGCGACGGAGCAAGUGGUUGUUUUUCCGAGCGGUAUCUUCAUAUCCGGACGCGCUCCGGCCGCGCUACACACCGACGAGUUAGAUCCGAGUGCGCGAUGACGCUCGCGUCACACCGCCGGGUAGCCGCCUCACGGGCGAGGGUAGCGCGAGCGGCGUGUGCGGUGUGA